GCCUUCCCCUCCGGAGCAGCAGGGGGCGAUAAUGCGUCAUUAGCCCGGAUGCUAGCUGCCGGUUGAACAGGAAGAAGAGCGGGAGCGAGGACAGCGGUGUGGUUCUGUUUGCAUCCGAACAGGUUCCAACAUGGACAUCCGACCAAAUCACACCAUCUACAUCAACAACAUCAACGACAAGGUCAAGAAAGAAGAGCUGCGGCGGGCGCUCUACGCGCUCUUCUCUCAGUUCGGUCAGAUCGUGGACAUCGUGGCCAUGAAGACGGUGAAGAUGAGGGGUCAGGCCUUCGUGGUCUUCAAGGAGCUGACGGCGGCCACCAACGCUCUGAGGCAGCUGCAGGGCUUCCCCUUCUACAACAAGCCCAUGAGGAUACAGUACGCCAAGACCGACUCUGAAGUCAUCUCCAAGAUGAAGGGGACGUUUGGGGACAAGGAGAAGAAGAAGGAGAAGAAGAAGAAGGCGCAGGAAGCGGCGGCGGCCGCUAACGCCACCAAGAAACCGGCCGCGGCACCAGGUACCACGGCGCUGACACCUGCGGUCCAGGUUCCUGACAACCCGCCAAACCACAUCCUGUUCCUCAACAACCUGCCAGAGGAGACCAACGAGAUGAUGCUGUCCAUGCUCUUCAACCAGUUCCCCGGGUUCAAAGAGGUGCGUCUGGUUCCGGGGAAACACGACAUCGCCUUCGUGGAGUUUGAGAGCGACACCCAGGGGGGCGUGGCCAAAGACGCCCUGCAGGGCUUCAGGAUCACAGCCACCUGCGCCAUGAAGAUCACCUACGCCAAGAAGUAGUUCCUGCCGGCCGCGGCCAGAGACUGCUGGGGGGGGGGGGGGGGUUAUGUUUUUGUUUCAUGCAGGUAGGAGGAAAGAUCUCUGGAUUUUUGUAAAAUAAAGGAAAUAAACGACUCUUC